CAAAGUGUGCCCAUCCUCGUUCCCAGGGCUUCUCCCGAGAAGCCCUGGGAACGAGGAUGAAGUGUGCCACACUCGGUGAACUCUCUCUCUCUAUAUAUAUAUAUAGAGAGUUCACUGGCCACACUUUGCCGCCUUGCUCGCAGGCUAAAGCGGAAGUGGAAAAAAAGGGUUGAGCAUGUCGUCAUUGCCUUGCCCUGGUGCAAACGAAUCUCCCCGUAGCAAAAAAGAGCAGACGCGGUAGAAAAUGUUCUAAAAAUCUCGGGAAAUCCCCUUCAAACGCAUCAAGAAACGGUUCUAAAGUAUUACUGAACUUUCAACGAAGCAAAAUAAACCAUGGAUGUCGACGAAUCGAUCCCUGAGCCUGGUGAAUCGAUCCCUGAGCCUGACGAGAAUGACGAUCGUAUGGUUGUAAACAGUGUUGAGGGCUUUGUGUGGCGAGUCGACGAUAUGAAAAGACUACAUCGCUUUUUAAUCCUUGGCAGUGAGACCCCAACUUAUUAUAUCGUGAGACCAACGUUGGGAAAAGAAAAUGCGAGGGCAAUUUUAAAUCUGCUGCAAGGAGGACGCGGUGUUGAAGUUGUGAAUGAGAUUCUGAAAUUUAGCACCCAAGGACGAACUGUAAAACAAGAUCCUAUUAUGCUUGGCUUAGCAAUGUGUGCUCGGCUAGGCGAUUUGCCAACCAAACGUAAAGCAUACGAAGUUCUCCCGCAAAUUUGUCGUAUCCCUACCCAUCUUUUCAUGUUUGUCGGUUUCUGCGAGAUGCUCAGCAGUCCGUCAACUGGUUGGAGUCGUGCUCAUCGCAACGCAAUGAAGAAUUGGUACAUCGGCAAAGCCAGUGAUCCGAUGAAACUAGCUAUGGACGUCACGAAGUACCAGAAGCGAGAAGGCUGGUCACAUAGAGAUGUGGCUCGGUUGACACAUCUUAAACCUGACGCAGCAAACGUCCCUGAUGGGCUUUUUGCCAUAAUGAUGUAUAUUGCCCGUGGCUGGAAUGAGGUGAAACAGUUUUAUUUUCCAGAAGAUGGAACCCCUCCAGACAGAAGUACCAUGACAACUAAAGUCCUAAAAUUUCUGGAAGCUGUCGAAGAUGUCAAGCAGUUGACAGUUAGUGAUGUAUCGCAGGUUGUUGAUCUGAUCCUGACACACAAUCUUGUUCGUGAACAUAUACCUACGGCAUGCUUGAAAUCGAUUGAGGUAGGAAUUUACGGAUGAUUCUGUAGUAAAAUGUCUGGUUGUUCAAAGCUGGAUUAGCACCCUGAUUGGAUUUCUCUAUUUUUGCUUGCCAAAGAUUACGCCAGGAAAAUUACUACUUUAGAAAACCCGCCAAAAGCACAAAAUUUCUUAAAAACACACAGUCCGCCAGCCCACCAUUCUGCCGCCUUUUAAUUUUUUUAUGCCAAAAACUUGUUUGUGCCACACCAAGUGGCUAUGCUUUCCGCCCGCAGGAGAUUACCGCUGCGGAAGACGUAAGCUACCGCAAGUGCAGUUAAACUUAAGUCAUCACAUGUUUGGCUGUUUCCUGCUUUGUAGGUGUUUGGAAAUCAGACAUUUUCAGGCAAGUACUAAAGAACACAUUUAGCUAUAUAUUCUGCAAUAUUCUUCUGCAAUAGGAAUUCCGAAUCCCUUGCUAAAAUACCGCAAAACUCUACCACAUAUUGUGAAAUUUUCACAGUUGGCUUGCCGCAAUAAACUACCGCAGUAGCAGUUGACCUGCAGCAGGAGAUCUCCGGCUAAGGUGAUGAACUUUCCAGUAUGGUUUUCCGCCAAAGAUCUUGAGCUGAUGGGUAUCGGAAUCCAAUCAGGAUUAGCACUAACCCUGGAUUAAAAGUUAACCCACUUUUUCAGUUUGUGUAUUUCUGCAUGUUUGUUUAUUUCAAAAUUCCAGAAAAAGAAUCUCCAGUUGAUCCACACAAGAUUUCUGACGAAACAUUUCAAGACUAUAACCAAACUAUUGGGAAAUUUGCUUUGAAUUAUAGGUUUAAUACCUGGGGUUUCAAACAACCGGCCCCAGUAUUUGAGUGCAUGGGUUUUGAAUUCUGCAGUAUGCGGUGUUUUUUCAGUUUGAUGCUACAAAGACAGCAGGCCUUUUUAGUAACUUUUUUCUCGUGUAGUAAUAUACAAUUACUUUAUGGUUUCCGUGUUUGGAUGGCCUGAUCCAAACACGCGGGAAUGUUGCGAGGGUUAAGAAAAGCGAGCGAAAUCACGAGCCGAAGGCGAGUGAUUUUGCCCGCUUUUCUUAACUCGAGCAACAUUCCCAAGUGUUUGGAUCAGGCCAUCCAAACACGGAAACCAUAAAGUAAUUGUUUUAUAAAAUAACAACAACACGAUAGUCUUCCGUGUUUGGAUGGCCUGAUCCAAACAUGGGUUUCGACCAAUCAGAAUACGUGUUAUGUACAUAUUAUUUUAUAACACUGGAUCAAUGAGUAUUGAAAAAAUAGCCAAAACAAUUUUUGAGAAAAAAAACUGAAUAAAGAUUCUAUUUUAGUAUUUUUUCACAAUGGAAAGUUGCCAAAUAUUUAAUUUAAUCGACCUUUUGAUGAUUUUUCCAAAUUUCUGAAAUCCAACAAAACCGAUAAAAAGAGCACGUCAAAAUGAGUAAAACUACGAAUUGGUGGUAAAAUAUCUAACAAUUAUUGAAUGAUGUUGAGCAUGAUUUUGAGCAGAACUAUUCUCUUCACAUUGUACCGGUAUUCGGAUUUCCACAACAUAACAUAAUGUUGAAAAUGAUUAAUCAUUUGGUCAGCUAUUGAGUUGAUAUGAUGAUUCCAUAGCUGGCUGUUAGCCAAUCAGAAACCAUAAACCUUUUUAAAUAAAUAAUUGCUGCCGAAGGCAGCCUCCUAUUCUUGACAUUCUGCAUUCAUUCAUCCCAGUCUUUCGCGUGAGUUAUGUACUGUCAAAAUCUUGAUUUGAUUUCGGGACAAUGUCUGUCCAAAAUAUUCGGGGGGAAUAUAUUAUGGUGUCAUCUGAAGCAGACAUAUAAUUAAACAAAAAUGUCAACAAAUAGCAGAUUGUUCAGUUGUUCUGUGAUAGGGGUAGCCUUGAAGGUGCCAUUAAAAUGAUAACUGGGACAAAAAAUGACUUAGUAUUUUUUGUAUAUAUGAUAUUCUGCAGUAUUCAAUGGCAAGGUAGCCAUGGCAACUGGUCAUGAUAUACUAACAAAUUUGCAUCUAUUUGAAUAUUGCAAAUCAUUAAAAACUUACAUACAUGUAGCAUGACCUGUUGCUAUGGCUAGCUUCGCCAUAGCCUGUGAGAGCCUGCCAUGCAGACUAGUUUUGCCACUGACAGUGUUAUAAUUGUACAUACAAAAGCAAGAAAUUAUAAGCAUUGGAAGUAUUCUUAUAAAACCUGCCCAUGCCAAGAAAGUAGAAUUAGAAUAUUUAGCUGACCUUCGACUUUGUGCAAGGUGAUUGGUAUUCAAAUUGCACUUAAAUUUCCUACCUCCUGAACAGGUGUCUUAGGGGCUGUUUACAUAUAUGAUGAAAGAUUUACAUGAUGGAUGAUUUUGAUGUAUUGAAAUAAGUCACUAGACACUAGGCUAAACAAAAGUUCAAAUACUGGUUAAAGAACUCAAAUUUUAUAGAGAAGAUCUUGUAGUUCAAGAAGAUUAUUAUUGCUGCUUGGACAACCUUUUGUUUACAGUUAACUAUAGUCUAUCUCUAGAAAAUAAUGUGGUUUUUGCUGAAUCAUGCACUGUGACUUAUUUCAGUACAUCAAAAUGAUCCCACCUCACAUCUUAUCUCGUACUGCUAAAGUGGGAUGAUAUAAACAGCCCCUUAUCACAGAAUAAAGACACACAGAAGGUCUACUUAGUCAAAAAAGUCGGCGUAACCGCUUCCACGCCAUGAUUCGUCAUCAAAAUGCUGACGCCAUGGUCCUAGCCAGUGCGCUUAUGACAGGCAUCCCCCCUGGACGUCCGCCAUUUUGAAUAUUAUCAGGGGGGUGAAUGCCUCUGAUAAGCGCACUGGUUAUGGUUAGGGCUAGGACCAUGGUGUCAGCAGUUUGAUGACGAAUUACGGUUACGCCAAAAUCAUAGGAAAAACCAAGAAGUCAGGAGUCUAUUAGUCUCUAUUCUGUGCCCUUAUUCAGCAAAUUGCAUGCACAUGCUGCCUUUGAUUCCUUGGGAGUGGGGCAGCACUCUUGCGAUAGUAACUUCUAGUAAUAUAAAUAGUAUGGUCUUAGACAGUUUGCACAUUUUAUAUGUAACUUUUUAUAUUGCGGAUUAUUUUAUCGAAAAUUUAAAUUGAAAUGUCUUUCGUUUUGGUGCUAAACAGCUUCCCACAUAUUUCUUGUUUUGGCACUGUAUUUCUUUUUUGCACUGUGAUUUGGUUUUUUGAUUUGCUGAUUUUGUAAUCACAAUUGUGUUGGAUUUUGAAAAUAUUUGCAUCUACCUUGCAAAUUUCUAGGUUUGGAGAGCAUUAGCAAAGAAAAUGCCAAUGACAGCCAUGAUUGUAAAUCUUGGCAGGAUGACGUCCAUUGGUCUACUGGCAGAAAAAAGUCAGGAAACAAGGAAUGUCUGUGAGAAGUUACAAAAUGCGCAAUUGUUGAGACAUGCUCGAAUUCACCCAUUCAAGGUUUUGGUUGCAUUGAAGACGUAUAUAGAUGGUCACGCGGACAAAGGGAAAUUAUCCUGGACACCAAAUGAAGAAAUUGUGGAAGCACUAGAGAAGGCAUUUUAUUACUCCUUUAAGGUUUGAACAGCUAUUUUAAAAUUGACCAGAGAAUGGUACUAAUGGUAGAGAAUUCAUUUGAUAUAUAUCCAGUAUACCAAUAUUUCUUUAAGGUUACAAGACAUGUUGCGCACGUUAAUCACAAAAGCCUUUGUUUUCAACCAAUUUAGCUCAAAUUUUGACCAGUUAUAGUACAAUGUACUAUAACUGGUCAAAUGAAUAUACAUAGUAUUUCACUAUUUGUUAAAGAUUUCACGCGAAAAGUUUUGUUAAGUUAUGGUUUUAAAUUAAUCAAAUUACUGUAGGGAUGAGCCGAUACCAGAAAAAAGCCGAUUCGCCGAUCCUAUAUAUCGGAGCCGAUAUAAAAAAAUAAUCGGCUAUGGCCGAUAUUUCUGUGUAAAAGUUGAAUAAAAGUUUAAAACCCGGUAGAAGCGUCGGAUAACGGUUUUUUGACAACUUUUAAUACUUGUGUAUACGCCACAAAUUGACGUACUAGUUUUAGUGUGUUCGAGUCAAAUGAAUCAAACGUAAAAAUAUAAAUGUAUAAUUGGAAUUCACUCUAUUCAAUAUAAUUUUAACUUACAAGUGGUCUUAUUCCCUCGAGUAACGCAAUAUGGGAUUAAAUACGCGCAACAAAAGUGUCAAAAACAAGACGGAGUGUAGAUUACUAGAUUAUAGAGUUAUUUUUCUUAAAAGAACGAAAAAAUUGCGAAUAUCGGCAAAUAGCCGAUUAUAAAAAAUAAUCGGCCGAUUACCGAUUAUUUUGAAAACGCCAAAUAUCGGCCGAUUUAUCGGCCGUACCGAUUAAUCGGCUCGUCCCUACAAGUUAGUGAUUGACCGAUAAUCUGUAUUGGCAUCGUGCCGAUUUUUGCCUUAUCGGUAGACAAUCGGAAUCGGUAGAAUUAUCUAUAAUAUUUCCGAUUGUCUAAAAGUAAAACCGAUGCAUUGCACCGUUGCGUUUUAACACAAUAUGUUAAAUUAAUGCGUGAAGUGUGCCAUUUAUUAACGGUUUUAACGAUCUUUGGUUGCAGUAACAUGUUACGUUGGAAAUUAUCUUUAAAAAAUCAACAUGAAUGACGUCACCUUUAUUUGGUCGACUGAUAUUAUGACGUCAUUAUAAAAUCGUCAUCGGUAUCUGGCAGAUUGUGGCAUGAAUAAUCGGUAAUUUCGAUUGUUGCACAAUCGGUCAAUCACUAAAUCAAAUCUGUCCAAAGUAAGCUUUUUGGAAAGUCAAAUGAUACCUCUACAAAAUUGUGUGUGGUUAUAUAGCCUAUAGGUUUUCUUUUUUCUUUUUGUGAUAUAUGACUCUCUUUCUAAAAACUCGUUCUAUUAACUAAGUUGUUUUGUAUUCAAAGCAUGCAAUAAGUAAAAAUGAAAAUCAGAAAAUUGUGGUUUUUGUGCGUCUUCUGUGAAAAUUUGAAGAAAAUUGGACAAAAGCAGAGCUUAACAAACGUUUUUGAAAAUUCAUCACACAGAAACGAAGGCGAUAAGUUUCCACAGAAUUUCGAUCAUCUGAACAAAUAAUACACCGCCCAUUUUCUCAUAAUGACAGCAAUGUGUCACCUUCUGAAAAGAAACUGAUUAUUCUCAUGGUAACCAUGCUUCAAUUAAGUUCGGCUAUAAACAGGGUAUACUGCAUAAUAGUAGGACCAAUUAGUUUUCCUCACGAUGAUGAAUAUCCACCAUUUUUGGGUGGCAUCUAAUUCUCGUUAACCAAUGCAGACAAUUAAAACAAUGUGAAAAGCAAUUUUUCAACAUAAACUAACCAUUUAUGCAUGUGGACUUAUCACGUGCAUAAUGGACACAUGUGGACUUAUCUCGCAGACUUCGGCUGAAAAGCCACCCAAAAAUGGCGGCGUGAGAAAGGCUAAAUUAGCCUCACUAUAAGGUUUAUUAAGGCAUUGAUUGCCGCCCCGCCCCAGAUUGCUUGAUAUUUCAAGGGUUAAUUUAAGUUCUCACUAGGUUUAACAUUUGUACAACGGGUGUGGAUAGGUAAUCACACGGAAAGAAGUGCAAUUAAUGAUUAACACUACGAGUGAUAUUUGAAAAAUAUGCCAAAAAUCAAAUAUCACGAGUAGUGUUAAUCAUUAAUAGCACGACUUGCCCGUGUGAUUAUUUACUUAUUAUAAUGCAUGACAAAAUCGCUCUCUUUAAAAUUCAACUGCACUUUGUCAAGAGUUUUUAAUUAUUUUGUAAGCAAUUUGGCAUAAACAAACUUGGUAAAUGAUCAUAAACUCAUAAAGGCACAUAACUUAAAUUAAACUAGAACACAUGAUUCAAACUCAAACAACAUAUUCUAGAGUAAGAAAAUCUUUAUAUUAAAUUGUAUUACAGACUUACAUAGCCACGUUUCGCUGCAUCUUGCCGAAAUUAUUUCUUAAAACUGUUUCCAGGUAUUUCCACAGGCUCUUUUUGCCGUACUAUGUUUUUUAAACUCAUUCUUGUGCCAAAAUUUAGUUAAAUUCGUCCAAAUAAUUGCACUCCUCUUAACCAAUUAGAUUGCAGUAAUUUUGUCAUGUGUAUAAUAAUUUUACUAAUUUGUAGCAUGUCGAGUCAACACAGAAGAGAUAUUUGCUGGCUCUUGACGUCAGUGGUUCAAUGUCCUAUGUUGGCUGCGCUGGUACUCCUUGUAUCACACCUCGUGUCGCAUCAGCAGCCAUGUCUAUGUUGGUCGCAAAGACAGAAGCCGAACAUCACUUUGUUGCUUUCUCAAAUGAAAUUAUCCCGCUGAUGAUCGACAAGGAUAUGAGCUUGGAUGAAGUGCUUGCAUUGAUGAAACUGGUAAAUUAAAGUCGCUAAACUAAAUUAGGGACCGCUCAUUAUUUAUGGUGGGGGGGGUGGCACCGAAGAGAAAAGGGUUGGGUAAGCAAAAUUUUAAGUAAGUAAAAGGUUGAGUAAAUGAAAAACAAAACAACUCAAGGGUUGGGUAAUAAAAAUUUAUUGUCAAUUUCAAAACAUGACUCACUGAAAUAUUGUUGACUGAAAAGCAAUGUCAACAUUUGUCACUACAAUAUGUGAAUCAAUCAGAGUCACUAUCUUGAUCAUUUUGACAAAACAAGUGGUGUUUCCAAAGAAAGUACAUGUGCAGACAACAUGAAACUUUAGACUGCAGAAAAUUUCACAAGCCGUUAUCAAACACAUGUCACAGAAGUGGUAAAGGACAUGUGUGACAACUGAAUGGUAUCUUUUUGUAACCGGUUUUUGGCCAGGGGUGGGUAACUAUUUAUUAAUUGAUAUUUGAAGUUGGGUAAUCAAAUUUUUGUCUUUUUAAUAGUUGGGUCAGCAACUUUUUUGCCAAGAAAAACAUUUCUCUUCGGUGCCACCCCCACCAUAAAUAAUGACCCGUCCCUUAACAAAAAUUCGGUUGGUAUAGGGAUGCAACUACCUGAAAAAUACAAGGAAAAAUUUGACGUUUCGAGCGAAGACCCUGUCAGAAUGUUUUAUAAAAGCAAGUUAAAGGCCUUAUGCAACGAAUUUUUCGAUGGUGAGAUUUUUGCAUUACGUUAUAGAGUUCUUUGCACUGGUUCGAAAGAUGCAAACCGUUUUCCGAAACUCCAAGUAGCUUUAUUUUUAUAAGCCUUCAAAGUCGCAAAUUUUGCCACUUUCUUUGCGAAAAAAAAAAAGACCUUUGGUGAUCAGUGGUGUGACGUCACAGUAAUGAGUUGUUUUCGACGGACCUUAUGUAAAACAUGUUAAUCCUUUGUUUACACACAGCACGACUCAUUACUGUGACGUCACAGCGCGAACCAGUUUUUCGCAAGAGGGACCCAUCUUUAAACACAAAAUUCACUAACUUUUAGUUUGAAUUUCGCAUCGAGAUUGGUAUCAAAAUGAUCAGAAAAGAUGAAAUUUUAAUAAUGUGUAAAAACCUCACCAUCGCAAAAUUCGUUGCAUAAGGCCUUUAAUACAAAUACACAGAAAUCUAAAACAAAUGCAAAAAUAGGUACGCUAGGCGUUAGAGGUGUGCAUCGGAUCGGAUUGGACGUUUAUAAUCCGACAAUUGCCUAAUGUUUAAAAUCCGAUCCGAAAUUGUCUAAUCCGAAUCCGAUCCGAGUUUUGACAAAGAAUUCCAAUCCGAUCCGAUCCGAAGAAUUCUUUAAUAAAAUAAAUUUUUCAUUCAAGUUGAAAUAUUUAACCAAAUAAAUAUAAAAGCAAGAAAUACAUGUCAAGAAGCUGACAAAGUGACGUCAAAUUGAAGUAUCAAACGAAUAAUGCAGUGACAACCGCGAUGAUGCUUUGAUAAAUGCAUGGAUAAUUAAUUCUUGCGAUAAUGCGUGGAUAAUUAAUUCAUUUUAUUUCGGAUAUCGAAGUCCGAUCCGACUACAAAACAACUUUAUCGAUCCGAUCCGAAAUGAACAUUCUGGUUCCGAAAUCCGAACGAAUCCGAUCGGAUUCGGAUCGGAUUUGCACACCUCUUCUAGGCGUACAUCAGCCUAGACCUAGGCCUUCUAUUUUUAUUUAUAUUUUUUUAAUAUUCAGUGCUUUUUCACAUGAAAGACUGGGACUAGGUGAUUUGGGGGCGGGGCGGAGGGAGGACACAAGCCUGACGCAAGCGAAAAAAUAGAAGGCCUAGUGGAUUUCGCAACAACAAGGCCAAAACUGCCCUGAAACUGCCCUGAUUGCGAAAUGCCCAAUUGUUGCGUUCUCAAACAGAAUUAUUUGCAACUUAACAGCGAAUUUAAACCGAUACAGGUAAAAUAAACUCAUUUAUAGUAUAAACUUACUAUUUUUAUUUGUAUACACGUCUAGAAAAUGUCUAUCAUAAAGUUUGAAGCAACACUAUUAUUAUGUUGACAAGGUGAAGCGAAAGCACAAAAUAUGAAAAUAAUAAUUCUUUUCUUCGCAAGACAAUCUACUGUUUUGCUUUGAAUAACUAUAUUUGCGAAUUGGGAAUGAGGAUUUUGAAAUUAUUGUUCAAAUAUUACGGAUAUACCAUUUGUAAACAAUGUACGUUUUUAUGUACAGUACUGUACGGGCUAAUAAUAUAUGUAUCCGUUUUAUUUAAUAAAUUAUAAUUGUAUAUGUGUUUGUAUAUUUUACAAACACAAGACUGCUUCUUACCAAAAUUGAGAAAAUAUAUAUUAAUGUAGUUGUGUAUAAGACAAAAUUUCAUGAAAGAUUCUACUUUUGGUAUAUAUUUUGACUCAUUUUGUGCUUUCGCUUCACCUUGUCAACAUAUUAAAUAAUAGUGUUGCUUCGAACUUUAUGAUAAAAAACCCGAUUUUCUAGACGUGUAUACAAAUAAAAAUAGUUAGUUUAUACUAUAAAUGAGUUUAUUUUACCUGUAUCGGUUUAAAUUCGCCGUUAAGUUGCAAAUACUUCUGUUUGAGGACGCAAUAAUUGGGCAUUUCGCAACCAGGGCAGUUUCAGGGCAGUUUUGGCCUUGUUGUUGGGAAAUCCACUAGGCCUUCUAGGCUUGGUUCCUCCGCCCCGCCCCCAAAUCACCUAGUCCCAGUCUUUUCAUGUGAAAAAGCGCUGAAUAUUAAAAAUAUAUAAAUAAGACUAGAAGGCCUAGGUCUAGGCUGGGCGUACAUGUAUCUGCGCAAAGGUAUUGCAUGGUUGCUAUAUGGAAGAAUUUCAUUCAUAAUUAUUGAGUAAACAUUUAUAUUUGAUGUUAUGACAAAGAAUGUUCAGAUUGCAGUCUUCAUUUUCCUCACAUGAGGCACAGUUAAGCGGUAGCUACUACAAUACUUCAGCACGAGAUGGUACAAAAUUGACUCGUACAGAAACCUGUGGCAAAUCACUCUUCUACAUUUUCUUUGAACCAUUUUAAACAAUACUUACCUUGAAAACCUGUGUAAGACUGAUUAAAUUAAUAGGCAAAUAAGGCAAUUGAUAUUAUUAAAAAAGCAUGCACGGUCACUCACGAAAAAGCUUUACGAUGUUAUAUCGGGCAAUCUUCUAGGAUAUAAUAUAACAAAAAGUUUUUUAUCGGACAAUUUUGACAACUUUUAUCCAAAAUUGUUUGAAGUGUUUUUAAUCAUUUUUAAAUUUCAGACAGCAACCAGAAACGAAGUUUUGGACCCAUAUUGAUUGCUUACAAGAUAAAAAAUUAGCGUGACCCCCCCCCGCCCCCCCUCUUGACGUAAGGGACCGGACAUAAAGUAACUGCUAGGGUGGGCUGGAGUGAUUUGGGAUGGGCCAUGGAAAAUCUUUGGGCAGUUUCGAUGGGCCACCAAUUUUUUUGUAUGUCGACGGUUGGGCCACCAUACAAAAACCCGUGCAUGUCUGCUUCAAAUUUAAUAAAGAUAUUAAUAAUAAAAGUAAACAAAACUGUCCAAAUUAUCAAAUGCAAAUAAUGCUAUUGAAGCCAGCACUUUGUUUAUACAACAACAAGAAGUGGUCGAAUCACAGCAAAUACAACCGACUGGAGAGCAGCUCAGUAUCAAUGUGUUGGUCAAGCUUGGUGGAAUUAUGUAUGUCAAUACAGUACCAUGUAUAUUUUACAAUGUUCAUACCUGCAAGUUUUUUUAUUAUAAAAGUGUAUUUUCCCAAUUUAGAAUGGGUGGGUCAUGAAAAUUUUUUUGUAAGAUUAGAUGGGCUUUGAAAUUUUUAUCGACAUCCUAAGAUGGGUCACCGAACUUAUUGGCAAAAUUUGUGAUUUACCUCCAGCCCACCCUAGCAGUUACUUUAUGACCAGUCCCUAACAUGCAUAUCCUCAAUAAUCCAAGUUGGCGAACAGCUAAGCAAGAUAUAAACUAUCUGUAAUAGAGUUUAAUAUAUAGUUUUAAGAGUUCUUUCAAAUGAACUAAACUCAUUUUUUAUUGCCAAUGUCCUUUAAGUAUUAAGCACAACUUGAAAUUAACAAUUUUUUAUUCAUAGAUUCCAAUGGGAGGAACAGACUGUGCCCUUCCGAUGAAAUAUGCCAUCGAAAAGGACUUGGAGAUUGAUGUAUUUGUCGUCUACACUGACUGCGAAACCAGAAAAGUUGACAUCCAGCCUUCCGAGGCGCUACGACAGUACCGUGAGCAUUCAGGUAUCCGUGACGCAAAGCUGAUUGUGGUUGCUAUGACGUCAAAUGGUUUUACUAUCGCAGACCCCGAUGACCCUGGGAUGUUUGAUAUGGCAGGCUUUGAUUCUGCCGCUCCAGAAGUCAUGAGGGAAUUUAUACUGGGAAAUAUUUAGCGCUGACGACAAACUGUAAGUACACGUUGUGUUGCGUGUAUUCGUUUAAACAUUCUCUUAUCAUUACUAAAUCUUGCACAAAUUGGCACCGUAUCAUUGCAUUGAUACACACAAAAUAUGUUACUAUAAUGUAGGUUUAGAAUGCAGGGCUCGAAAUAGCGGGCUGCCAAUGGCCAAAAGCAGGCCAUAUUUUAGAAAUGGCAGGCCAAAACAAAUUUGAACUGCCAAAGUAAAAAAAAAAUGGCAGGUGAAAUUCUAUAGAUAUAUUUCAUUUGCUUACCACAACUCAUAUAUACUAGAUCAUUUAGUUGACAAAUACGUUUAUAUUUGAAAUGUAUUAUCCAAGUUUACUGUAGUAAAAUAAAAAUGCAUAUUCGGAAAGAUCAGGCUUUUAGCCAUUGAAAAAGGCUCAAAAAGCUAUUCUUUUUAGCUAUUGAAAAACAAUAAAAAUGCAUAUCAUGAAAUCAUUGAUUUUUACAUUUAUGACUCAUAUGAGACAUCGCCAUUUUGGCAGUUCAAUGAAUAAAAAUGGCAGGCUAAAAUUUCACCUGCCAAAAAAUUUUAGACUGGCAGACCAUAUUUUUCUCUACUUCGAGCCCUGGUAGAAUGGAGCAAAGGCCACCAAGCAUUUCGAUACAGAAUAUAGGAACUAUACAGAAAGUCGAGUUCUUGGUUUUGCCUAUGAUUGUGGCGUAACCAUAGAGUAGAGACAUACAGAGCUGUAACUGACCGUCGUAAACACUGCGGAAGCUUACGUUUUCAUGUACCCACUUUUUUUCAUGCGACCAGGCAAAAAAUGAUCAACUGCGCGUGCUCAGCAAGUUCCGCGAGCGGUUAAAGUGAGUCGUCAUCAGGUCGUCAUCCAAUCAGAUGCAUGCAUCUAGUAACUUGCCGAGCAUGCGCACAAUAAAAGUGGGUACACUAGUUAUAACGCUGUAUAUGCAUCUACUCUGUGGCGUAACUGUUGAUUUUGGCGACGGCAUUUUGAUAACGAAUCAUAGCAAAUUAUGGCGUGGCGAGUCGACCUGUUCUGAGAUUAUCCAAAUAUGUGAAUUGUGUAAUGUACUAAUGUAAAACUCUUUCAGGCACCCAAAUUUUAUUAAAUGGCUUAACGUUAUUAUUUUAUAAUGGCACUUUUAUUGUAGAAACUCCCGUAAGUGUAAAUCCGCCUGAAAAUGUAUGCAAAUUGUCUGCAAAUUAGAUCUAUGAUAAUGAUGAUAUUAUUGAAAGCAAUAUUGUAGCAGGGCUGAGAUUUUAUCACGGUAAUCGCGGCAAUAUUGCCGUAGUUCGAGAGGAAAAUGCCGUGGAUCACUAUGGGAGUUAGUUUAGCUGUAAUGUAAUUUAUGGGGGAAUUGGUGUUAUCAGUAGAGAAAAAAUUAUGUAAUGAUUUUUCUUUGUGUAGCCUGUAGAUGUUCUUACUAAUAAAAUGUUUUGUAGUUUAUGUGUAACCGUAAUAAAUAUUGAAAUCUCUAAACGUAGAGGAAAUACAGAGAAUUAUUUUCUGCCUCGCUCCUCCGCAGAGGCUUUAGUUGGCU